ACGUGUGAUGAGAGCAGCGGUCACAGGAAGCAUCGCUGCCUAUUUCAUAUUUAUAACGAUAAAGACGGGAGAAGCGUUGGGUUUCGAGGUCAGGGGUUACAAAUAAAGACGGCAAAAUUAUUUUUGAAUAAUUUCAAGUUGGCUUGUCGUGGACGUGAGAUCAAUUUUUUGAUGGUUUGGCGUUGAUAUCGGCGAUGUUUACUGUUUAGCCUGACUGGCGUGUGUAUGUAUAAAGGGUUUCGCCAGUUAACGGGAGCGUGUAGCUGUGUAGCUGCAUAUUAGGCAGAAAAACACGGAAUAACAUUUAAUAUUUCUUCACCUGUGUCGUGGCUGGCGGCGAGCCAAUAAUUGACUCUGGAGCAGGACACGGAGGAUAGUGUGGCCAUGACGGGAGGGACUGCAGCCGCCCUUCCCAUGAGCAACCACACCAGAGAGAGAGUGACUGUGGCAAAGCUGACGCUGGAAAAUUUCUACAGCACUCUGCUCACCCAGCACGAGGAGCGGGAGAUGAGGCAGAAAAAGUUGGAGAAAGCAAUGGAUGAAGAAGGUUUACCAGAUGAGGAGAAAGUAAUGCGGCGCUCCCAGCAUGCCCGCAAGGAGACGGAGUUUUUGCGACUCAAGAGGACGCGAUUGGGCUUGGAUGACUUUGAGUCACUUAAAGUGAUUGGACGGGGUGCUUUUGGAGAGGUACGUUUGGUGCAGAAAAAAGAUACAGGCCACAUCUAUGCCAUGAAGAUUUUGAGAAAAGCAGACAUGCUGGAGAAGGAGCAGGUCGCUCAUAUCCGGGCAGAGAGGGAUAUUCUAGUGGAGGCAGACGGAGCCUGGGUGGUCAAGAUGUUCUACAGCUUCCAGGACAAGAGGAACCUCUAUCUUAUCAUGGAGUUCCUGCCUGGAGGUGACAUGAUGACCUUGCUGAUGAAGAAGGACACUCUCUCAGAAGAAGCCACCCAGUUCUAUAUCGCCGAGACUGUUUUGGCCAUUGACUCCAUCCACCAGCUGGGCUUCAUCCACAGAGACAUCAAACCUGACAACCUGCUGCUGGACUCUAGGGGCCAUGUGAAGCUGUCAGACUUUGGUCUGUGUACAGGACUGAAGAAGGCCCACCGCACUGAAUUCUACAGGAACCUGACGCACAACCCACCCAGUGAUUUCUCCUUUCAAAAUAUGAACUCCAAGAGGAAAGCAGAAACCUGGAAGAAGAACCGCAGGCAGCUGGCCUAUUCCACUGUGGGGACGCCGGACUACAUUGCUCCUGAGGUCUUCAUGCAGACCGGUUACAACAAGCUGUGUGACUGGUGGUCUCUGGGUGUCAUCAUGUAUGAAAUGCUCAUUGGUUACCCGCCAUUCUGCUCAGAGACGCCACAGGAGACGUACAGGAAGGUGAUGAACUGGAAGGAAACACUUGUCUUCCCACCUGAAGUCCCCAUCUCAGAAAGGGCCAAAGACUUGAUAUUAAGGUAUUGUGCUGAUGCUGAGAACAGGAUUGGAGCAGUGAGUGUGGAGGAGAUCAAGAGCCAUCAGUUCUUUGAGUCCGUGGACUGGGAGCACAUCAGGGAGCGGCCAGCGGCCAUCUCCAUUGAAAUCAAGAGCAUCGACGAUACCUCUAACUUUGAUGACUUCCCUGAAUCAGACAUUCUUCAGCCAGCCAAUGCAACAGAGCCGGACUUUAAAUCAAAGGACUGGGUGUUCCUCAACUACACUUACAAGCGAUUUGAGGGUUUGACACAGCGAGGCACCAUCCCCACAUACAUGAAGGCAGGCAAGGCCUGAUGUGCUCACAUGUAGAGACAGUGGUGUGGACAAAGAAAAAAACAAAACAAAACACAGACGUUUACGGACACAGGGUCGGGCCCUGGAGCCCUGCUGGUGCUGAAGGCUGCACAGCCUCUCAGUCUAAAUUUAAGCUUCAUCACAAGUUAUCUACUGUAGGUCUGCUCAGCCGCUGCAAGAACACCCAAGAGCAUUACCGCAUUACCUCGGUUGUUUAUAUCGUAUACCUGUGCUGUCCUUAGCCAUAGCUCUCAGGCCACCUCACUAACUAGGACACUAACUCAGCCUAUCUGCAUGUUCAGCGGCAUAUUGCUUCUGGAGAGAUUUUUUUUUCCCCCAGCUUGAAAACAAAUCACUGCUUUGACAUCUUUGCAUUAUUAUUAUUAUUAUUAUUAUUAUUAAUAAUAUGUUUUAACACUAAUGGUCAAAUUGCCUCUGAUGCAAUUAGUUCUUGAUGUUGAAGACAUGCACUGUAGUUAAACUCUGGAUAAUUAGUAAGAACUGGAACCCCUCACUUAUUGUAUGUGCUCAUUUAAAGGAAACUUCCAGCAUGAUUUCUAGUGUUUUUGCCUCUGUUUCAGUUCACAAAAAAAUCUUGAAUGUCAGUUUUAUUCAAGAGAUGCUAAGCUCGUGAUCGGGUAACUGGUAGCGCAACUUCUUCCAACUUAGUUUCCAGUUAAAGUGCAGCUGGUUGUCAGGAGAAUGUGUAGGAUGAAAUAAGUUUUGCUGUCAUUUUCAUUUAAAGAACAGCGGUGUCAGUUCAGACUAGAAUACCUCCGUAAUAAAAGGAUGCUUUGGACUGUUAACUUUUUUUUAUAAUCUUGUUUAUUGGCACUCAGCAGUUAGCUGAACCUUGCUACUUUGCUUUGAUAAGCACAUGUUAGCGUUGUGGUACAGUAAAAUAACUACGUUCAACUUAACACCUGCUAAACACGAUCAUCAUAGAGAGCGCUUUACUGUGCCAUGGUUAGCAUUUAGCUCAACGCACCAUUAUGUCCAGGUGCAGCCUCAGAGACGUGCUAGCAUCUGCUGUAUACUCACCUUUGUUAGCAACUGUGUCAGUGUGGCUGCUGUUGUUUUCACUCUGUGUGUGCAAUAAUGCCAAUAAGUGCUCCUGGAAACACCCACUGUAGUAGGAACUACCACAGAGGUGCUUUUGAUUAUCUGUCCAUCUGUGGUCACCACAAUAGCAUUGUAGGGUACACUCAUAAAACGUUACAAGAUGUAAGUGGAGGGUUGUUGUGGUCAGUGAUCGCUGAAUGGCUGAGGUUGAAUUUUAAAAAUGUCUGGUUGUUUUCUCUGAACCUAAAUGCUGUUAUGAAAGUGAUAUGGAAAACUGUGUAGGACAGUAGCAGGUGAUGAAACGUAAUUGAGUAAAAACUCAAAUCAUGCUGGAAAUGUUCUUUGUGACUUUGUGACAGCUCCGUGGGGCAGCUCCUCGUGUGGCGUUGCUGUUCUCAGACCAUAUGUGAGUGGAGUAUAAUCUCUGGGCUCUGUCACAUUGCCAAACAAACUGCACUGUGUGCCACUUCCCUUUUAGCACCAGCGGGUGUGCUAAGAUCUGUGCUACCAUAAAUUCUAUUUCCCAGUUUUAAUUCUAAUCUGUCCAACAACUUAGUCGCUUCCUUCUGAGACAGAAGAAACAUGUAAAGUGCCUUGCCGAUCUUAUCAGAACUAAAACAGAACAACUUGAAUCAGAAAUUAUAAUAAUAAGUUAUGGUGGGGAAACAACUGAAAGAGAAAGGGGGGGAAAAAUAGACACACAAAUGUCUGAUCAGUCAUAUGGUUUUUAUAUGUUAAAUAGAAGCUGGUAAAAAGCUAUGUCAUCAAAGCAAACACAGUGAACGAAGUGAAACUGUUUGGUAAGAACAGGUCAAUGUGAUGUAUAGCUUGUGGUUUAUGUCUUUGAUGUUCCUAAAUGUCUUAGUUGAUAUUGAAUUUGUUUUCCAUUAGUUGGUUAGUUUUUUCCUCCAAAAGAAAAAAAAAGAAAAAGAAACAAGGCUUGAUUUUCCCAACGAAAGGAAUCGUCACAUCUGCUCCGAGCCGUCUCGACACACCGUGCUAAAAAUACUUACCAAAGAACUCUGACCGUCACAUGUAGCUGUCGCUUACUGCACUUAACUUCAAACUACCUGUUAGAAAAAACGUUUCUCAAGAAAGACGUCCUUGGUCAUGGAAUAAUUUGCCAUUUUAUUUUUUGCCGACACAUCUGUGGAGUGUCAAAAUAUCAGAGAGGCUAAAGACGUCCACGCAGGGACUGGAUACACACUGAUAACUUUCCCACACUGAACUACAUUUAACCAUUUAACUGUUGGAAUCCCACGUGAAACUGUCUGUUGAGUUAUUUAUGGAGGAGGUGUUUUAGCAGGUUGAAAAAUAAGUGUCGUAUUAUCAUAUCAUCUAUACCAGCCUCUUUGUUUUUCUUACAUUUAAUCUGUUUUACUUUAAUCGAAGUAGUCCUGCUGAAAACCUGUUUAUGCACCAACGAGACUGACCAAUAAUGUACAUGGUAUGCUCAACUGAGGGGAGAGACGUGUGUUUUCAUUGUUUUACUUUAUUUAUUUUCAUGUUUUCCUUGAAGGUGUUGAUAAAUCCGAUUUUGUGAUAACGUUCACCGUAUUUAAAGUUUAUGAGUUUUGUGUUUGCUUUCCCUUGAAUUGAAAGGAGCAUCCAUUUAGGACUGCACUUUUGUAAAGCUGAAGGAGUAACAAGAAAGAGAAAGGGUCAAAAUUGAUGCAGCAGGAGCUAAAAUAUCAUAUAAUGUCCUACUUUUACUAUAAAAGAUAGUUGUUUUUUUUUACCCUUUAGAACAAGUUAAGGCCUACAGUAAACUGCAGUAGUGACUCCCAUGAAGUAAAAUCUGGUCCUAAACAGAUAGUACAUAUUUUUGAAAUGGGGUUGUAGGAAGUACAUGUAAACUACUUUAAUAGUCCAGUUUUAGUUGGACUAACAGUCAUGUAAAUGUACUGACCAUGUUGAAGUACCUCAAAUCUAAAUUGAAACAUGACAGAUAAUGUCUGGAAAAAUAAUAGUCAAACAAUCUGGAUUAUAUGGAAUACAAGACGACCCUAUGUGGCCAUUGUUUUAUUCCACAUUUGGAUUCAACCUAAAACACACAGAGGUCAGAGGACGCUGUAAGAGGAGUCAGAGGAGUGUGUGCUCUCACUGGACGACAGCAUGAACAGACACAGUGGGGGAUUUUGCUGUUGCUACCGCCAAAGAUUCCUGGUUGUGUGUAAUCAGUGAAAGACACUUGACAUAGACUGGAUUGAAAAAAAACAAGCUAAUCUAAUAAGAAUUGUUGAGUGAAUGUGAUUGUGUGAUGAAGUUGCAAGUGACAAGAAGUGAUAUUUUCAUGAAGUAGAUAUUUCGGUGCUUUCUUUUGUAAAACGCAUGCUCUGUGCUGUAAUAGAGAACUUGUUACAGUAAUCAAAAAUACAUGCACAUAGAAGGUAAGAGGAGGGUUAAUCCAUGCAAUUCUAUGUGUAUACAAGAUGACUUGAACUCCAUUACUGUGCCACUUUAUCUGAACAGCACUCAAUGAUGGUGACAUUCAAUUUUCCACAAGUUUAUCAUCUAAUUACACUGGGCUUACAGCUGUCUGACUCACCCUGUGUGUUGUUACUGAUCUAAUUACAUCACAUAAUCUGUCAUUUUAGAGAGCAUAUUGAAAUGCAUCUGGGCUAAUCUGUGUCAGAAACUCCAAAGCACCAUGAUUUUGCCGAUAACAAAAAAACCUUCCCUCGUGAUUAAACAAGAAUUCGUCUCCCUGUGAACAUGUAAAUGGUUUUAAAAACCUCUCCACAGGUCAGCAGCAUGUCGUGAGGUGUUUUAAUGUAAUGUAUAUAUAUCGUCAUAGACACUUGAAGGAAACUGCGCAGGGUGAAAGAGGAAUGACUCAAUAAUAUGUUCAUUCACAAUGGUGAGUUUUUAAGUAGAUGAAGUGCUAAAAAAAUAAUAAAAUCAAAUACUCACAACCCUAA